AUGGGGACCCAAACAACACCGUCUCCUUCGCAUCGUCCCCGCAAGAAGAGAAGAUUGCUAUCAGCCCAAUCUAACAUCAAUCUGAUUGUCAACGCGGACUCAAGCAACCCUUCUCCUGCUUUUCCGCUCGUAUCGUUCCUGUGGCCUGCGCGUGCUGGCAUAUCACAAUGGGUUGUUUUGCCUCUGAUUCUGAUGGUUGUUGGGCUGUUUCGCUGGUCAACAAGUCUAUGGGGAUACUCUGGUCAAAAUACCCCCCCGAUGUACGGUGAUUUUGAAGCGCAGCGACAUUGGAUGGAAAUUACGUCUCACCUCCCCAUAUCGUUAUGGUACUUCUACGACCUGCAAUGGUGGGGUUUGGAUUACCCUCCUCUGACUGCGUACCACAGUUGGUUCUUGGGGAAGAUCGGUUCGAUCAUUGACUCGUCAUGGUUUGCUCUUGACAAGUCUCGCGGGAUGGAGGGGCCGUUGCUUAAGGUUUACAUGCGUGCAACGGUCCUGGUCUCUGAAUAUCUCGUCUAUAUCCCUGCUAUUGUAAUCUUUCUCCGGAGAUACUCUCGAGUUCUAGGAAUCCACAUAUGGGCUUCCUCUAUUGUUCUUGUUGCGAUCCUGAUGCAACCCGCUACCAUUCUGGUCGAUCAUGGACAUUUUCAGUUCAAUACCGUUAUGUUAGGGUUAGUGGUUGCAGCAUCAGAGAGUAUGUUCGCCGGCCGGAUGCUUUGGGCCUGUUUGUUCUUUGUGUCAGCCCUAUGCUUCAAGCAAAUGGCAUUGUACUUUGCCCCCACGAUAUUUGCCUUCAUGCUAGGUGCCUGCUUUUCACCUCGUGUUAGAAUCGGUCGAUUAAUCAGCAUCGCUUUCAUUACCAUACUCACCUUCGCACUGCUCUUUGCUCCUCUCAUAGUUGCUCCCCUCUAUGAUAACUAUCUCGGCAUUGAGCGUCCACUUCCCAGUCCGCCACUUCUUCAGAGCUUGCCAGUGAAAUUGGACGAAUCCUCAUGGAUAUUCCCUCCGGUGCUUCAGCUUUGCCAAUCCAUCUACCGCAUAUUUCCAUUUGCGCGAGGCCUGUUCGAGGACAAGGUGGCUAACGUAUGGUGCACAAUUCACACAUUUUACAAACUAAACAGAUUUCCCUCAAGCAUACUCCAACGCGCCUCUCUUGGCGCAACCCUUUUAUCGAUCAUCCCAUCCUGCGCAUUAAUUGGUCUAUUCCCUCGACCCGCACUCCUCCCAUUAGCUCUAUCAAGCACAGCAUGGGGAUUUUUCCUUUGCUCAUUCCAAGUCCAUGAAAAGAGCGUCCUUUUACCACUCCUUCCCAUGACCCUACUCCUGGGCAGCGAUGGUGGCCUAGGCAAGGAGACACGAGCCUGGGUUGGCUGGGCUAACAUGCUUGGCGUGUGGACUCUGUUCCCACUCCUACGGCGAGAUGAACUACGAGUGCCCUACUUCGUCCUUACCAUGCUGUGGGCAUAUUUACUCGGCCUCCCGCCCACGUCACUAGAUUUAUAUCGCAAUAAAUCGGUAUCUUCCGAAUCUACGCAGAGUUCUAGAAAUUUGCAUGUUCUAACGAAGUUGUUGCAUUUGGCUUAUUACUUGGCUAUGAUAACAUGGCACUUUCUUGAGGCGUUUGUCCCUCCACCAGCGGGGAAACCGGAUUUAUGGGUUGUGAUAAAUGUUUUGAUCGGGGCAUCAGGUUUUGGUAUUUCAUAUCUAUGGUGCACGUGGAAACUUCUUCAGCAAAGUGGGUUGAUAAGCUCAUCUGCGACUUUCAAGACAGAACAAGGGUCGCACGGAACAGAAGAGAAAAAGAGGCAAUAA